AUGAGCGUCUGUGACAAUCCUCUCUCGCUUUUUUCUGAACCAUUUUCAUCGUCAUUCAAUAGUCAUUUUGGCAAUGAAACACUGUCGUUUAGUGAUAGAUUCGAUCCAUUUCGAAUAUUAAGUCGAGAACCACGUUCAGUUGUCGAUGUAACACUCGUUGAUUAUGGUAGUAAAGAUUAUGAACCACAAAUACAUCCACCAAGAUUAGAACUGAACUCGAAUAAUAAAUCUUUCUCAACAUCUACGCAAUCGUCAAAUACAUCUAAAGUGACUCGACCGCGUUAUAUUGCUGAUGAAUUAGGUAUACGUGAAAAAGUUCUUGUUGCUGUACUAACUGAACCACAUCGUUUAAAUACAUUUGCAUUUUUUAUCAAUCAAACAUUACAAGAUUAUGUAAAUCGUUUAUUAUUUUUUAUUGAUGAAGAUGUACAAGAUUUUCCUCGAAGUAUGCAAGUUAUUGCAGUACACGAUAAACGAGCUUAUUUAAAACCAUUUUAUGUAUUAAAAUAUCUUGCUGAAAAGAUGAUUAAAUUAUACGAUUGGUUUGUACUCUUGCCGGAUAACACCUAUAUACGAGGUUUUAAGUUGAAUGAAUUUUUGAAUCAUAUCAGUAUUAGUCAAGAUCUCUAUAUGGGACAAGCAUUUGAUGAUGUACAUGCUGUUUAUUGCUAUUUUGGAUCUGGUAUCAUUCUAUCUGGAACUGUACUUCGGAAAAUACUUGACGAGAUUGAUUGGUGUACAAAUAAUGCUUAUUCGCAAGAUCUAACCGACAACAUUGGACGAUGUGUUUUAAAAGCAGCUAAACUACCUUGUACAAACACAGCCAGUAAUUAUAAAUAUACUGCUUAUGUUAAUUAUCGAUUUGAAUUCGAUGCUGAUAUCGAUCGAUUAUCUAAAAGUGAAGAUUUCAAUCAAACAUUAACAGUUCAUCCAAUCAACGAUCUUGAAACGAUGCUUAAACUUCAAAAAUAUUUCAAUCAAGUUGAACUUGAUGAGAUGACGACAAGUAUAGCAACAUAUGAAGAAAAUAUCGAAGAACUAUCAUGUUUUGCACCUGAAGGUUGUGGAAAUAUUCCAUGGCCAGUUGGUGUACCACCACCUUUUAAACCACCAACAAGAUUUGAUGUUCUUCGUUGGGAUUAUUUUAAUGAAACUCAUAUUUAUUUAAAAACAGAUAAUGAUGUGAUCAGUCCGAUGAAUGGUGAUGAUUAUGAAGAUGUCCAUGAAGUUAUCGAUCAUGCUUUGGAACAAUUACAAAAAACAUAUAGCGUUUCAUUGAAUUUGAAAAAGUUACUAAAUGGUUAUCGCCAAUUCGAUCCAACACGAGGGACACAUUACAUUAUGGAUCUCUUACUUGUUGAUCAAGAUCAAGUUGAAUAUACGAAACGGGUAGAGUUGAUGCGACCAUUAGGUCUUGUUGAAACUAUACCAAUGCCAUUUGUUACUGAAACAACUAAAAUCUAUCUUAUUUUGCCUAUCUAUACAGAUGAACAAUCAGUUGCACUGCGUUUUCUUCGUCAUGCUAAUAAAUCCUUGUUUGAUAAAGAAACUCGUGAUAAAUUUGAAUUACAUCUUGCUCAUAUUGUUACAACAAAACAUGAAUUAUCGCAAACACAAAAAUGGUUUGAUACUCUUCGGCAUGAAGUUGAUGUGUUACGUCGUACGAGAACCCAAUUAGCAGUAACAUAUCAUACUAUAAUUUUACCCUUAUCAACAACAACACGUUAUACGCAAGCAGCAUACAUAUUGGAUUUUUUUGCAACAAAAUUUGAAACAAAUUCCUUAAUAUUUAUAACCAAUCCAUAUGUCGAUAUUGAAGCAGACUUUUUAAAUCGUUGUCGUUUAAAUGUUAUUGAAAAUGUGCAAGCAUUUUUUCCUAUUGCUUUCUAUCAAUAUCAUCCGCAUAUUAUUGUACGUACAUAUCACAUGACAGACAAUUCUACAAUUGAUUUACAUAAGUCUCAUGGUUGGUUUAAUUCCUAUGCGUUUGAUCAUAUUGGAAUGUAUAUGAGCGAUUAUUUAAAUUUGAAAAAGCUAUUAUUAUCAAAUAAUAUAUCAUUGUCAUCGAUGACUCUUUAUGAUCUAUUUGUACAAGUAACUGAUAUAAGUAUUUUGCGUGCACCUGAUCAAGCAUUACGUGUUCAUUAUCAUCCAAUAAAAUGUGAUUCAAUAAAACGAUCAUAUACACUUGAAUAUAGUCGAUGUAUAAUGCAACGUGAAAAGGGUUUAGCAUCACGAAGUCAAUUGGCUAUGAUUAUUAUUGAAAAUGAACCAACGAAAAAGAUCAUAGCAAAGAAAAAUACAUAA